GGUUCGUCGGUUUAUCAGUGCGAACCGCGACGUCGACGUGGAAACGUCGUUAACGGCGCCGAGCCAGUUUUCCGGGCCUCCCUCGUCCUUGCUUUAAAACUGGGUCAAUCCCUCGUGCGCGCACCAACCGAACGCCAACCGAACGCCAACCGAACACCAACCGAAAACCAACGAUUUUCAACUACUCCCGCCACGCUCCUACCUUUUUUUCUACCCUACAAAAGCAGAUAGUUUUGCUUUUAUUCGAUUUCAUUGUUCUCCCAAUAAUUAGGGGCUCUUCUUCUUCUUCUUUUUCUUUUUCCUAGUUGGCGCGCAUUUUUUCAACCUUCCCUCUUUGGACCCUUUUUUCCAUGUAGAACGAUUGCUUUAGGUACGCGAAAGGAUAACGAGGAAUCCAAAGAAGAAUGCAUCUCUAACGAAUUUCAAAGAUAAUUGAGUGAUCGUGGGGGAAAAAAAAAAAAGAAAAAGAAAAAAUAAAUUUGGAGAGAAGAAGAGGAGCAGCGGAGGAAGGGGAAGAAGGGGAAGAAGGGGGCAAAAGUUUGACGAAAUGUCAAUUCGUGCCGAGAGUCGUCGGAGCAAGGCUCCGUCUGUUCUUCGGUUUAACGACGUUGCGGAAGGUUGCGGCAAAUUUGUCGGUAUCCCAGACGUCCACUGGCUGAUUUGUUCCUGCGUUCUAAUGGCGACGGCGGUCCUUUCCUGCCGGAGAAGCGAAUUUCAAUGCAACAACGGCCAUUGCGUCCCCCUGAACAAGGUUUGCAACGUCGUCGACGACUGCGGAGACGGAAGCGACGAAGUCCGUCAAUGUUCGCCCUGCAACAAAACGUACUUUGGCGAUGUAGGAAAAACCUACAGUUUGGAAUUGCAUCGACCGAAGGAAGACAAGGUGCCUUACAUUUGCAAACUUACCUUUAGCGCACCCGGCGGUGAUCUCGGGGAUAUAAUACAGCUCAACUUUGACAGCUUUACCCUGGGCAAAUUCGUUUCAUUCACCGCGGAAGGAUGCCCGGACGGAUCGUUGCAAAUCUCGGAAGCGGAACGUCCCGACGUAGGAGGACUUUGGUGCGGCACGACGAGGGAUCCAGCCAUUUACUACAGCGAGACGUCUAGCGUUUCUAUAACUCUCAAACUUCUCCGACUCAGCAAGGAUCAGAAGGCAUUUAAUUUCGAUUUUCGAAUGGCGUACAAAAUGAUCAGAAAAUCCGACGCCGUUGUACGCUACGGAAAUCCUUUCGUAGGAAUGACGCAGGUAACGACAACGACGACAACGACGACGACGACGACGACGACGACGACGACGUCGGCAAUGAUGUCGGCGAUGACUACCACGACAACGGGGAGUAUAGAAAAUAAGCCGACUCCUGAAUACGCUAAUACUUCCAUGGCGAUGCUGAUGGUCGAACAACACGCAGUGAUUCCAACAAAAUCGAGCUCGGAGCAGUACCUCGGGGAUCUUAUCUCUGGCACUUACUGCUCCAGAAUAUUCAGCGACUGCGACCAAAAGAAGUGCAGACUGCAAUCUCCAAACUUUCCUGGUCUUUAUCCGCGUAAUCUCACCUGUUACUAUGCGGUAAGGCAGCAUGAGGUACCGCCGGGAAAAUACGCCUUAAUUUCGGUCGGACAACCAAGAGGUCAAUUGGUUGCCGUAAGGUCCAGACCAGCGACGCAAGCCGAGUCACCGCCACGCGAACUCCACCUCUGGCAAGAUUGCGACGUCAUUCAGGAUUACGUGACGGUCUAUGAUGGUUAUACCACGAGGGAUCCGGUGAUACUGAAAUUUUGCGGUGGCGGAGAACCAGUGCCCGAGGCAACGAGUAGCGGACCAGAAAUUCUCGUCGAGUUCACAACCUCCCCUUACGGUACUUUUCUACAUCCAACACCGCAACGUUCCUUACACGGAUUCCAAUUGGAAGUCCAGGUGAAAUUCGUCGACGUCGAUUCCCCGACCUACGCAAAGAACAAACGUUGCGAAUUUUGGUUGAAAGGUAACAGCGGAGGAGUACUAGAAUCUCCGCGUCAUUCUCUACCGAGAAAUAGUAGCUGCCUUUAUCAUUUACGCGGUGCUGGACCUACUUUGCCCAGUCCUACGCCUCCACGUCCCUUACCAAAAUUCCCAGAGCAACGUCCUGGCACGGUAUGGCGAAGGCCAGCACCGGCUCCACCACAACCACAGUUUCGCGUCUGGUUGUCGAUUUUAAAGUUUCACGUUGGCAUCACCGCAUCUACCGGCACCGACGAGGAUUGUUCGACGACUUUGAUGGUUUGGGACGGAGAAAUGAUGCCCCUUGGGGAAUGCAACGAAGCUUGCGAGAAAGAACGUCAACGGUACAUAGAUAAACUCGGAGAAGCGAAUUCGCAAGUUGCCGCACGUCCCGCAAACAACACGACUCUCCUUGCCAGGUAUUGCAAAGACAAGGUACCAAGAACUUGCGACCAUGCAAUUCUUCAAAACGUCAGUCGUCCUUGUUCCCUCGGAGAAAGCUUCGUAUCCUCCAGCAACAGCUUGACCAUAGAGAUGCGCAUGAUCGAAUCUACCGCUCUGAGGCCCGUCAACUUCCGAGCUCUCUACGAGUUCGUCGAUCUCCAUCAGGAUGGCGAAGCUUACGGCAGCGGACCAUGCUCGCGCGCUUUCUACAGCAGAAAUCGUGACACCUACCCGGAUCGUAGAUUUCAAGGACCUCGCGACAUUUUUCUCUUUGGUCGUGGCGGAUCGAAAAAUCUCAGCUGCGUGUACCGCUUCGAGGGUGAACACGACGAGGUCGUCAAGCUGCGGUUCAACAGACUUCUCAACGGCAACCGAACCUGUCGCAGCGUCUCCUCUUCCGAUUUCAAUCGUCUCCUUUGCAUCGGAUCCGAUAAUUUCUCCCUCAAAGUACUCGAUCUCCCAUGGCCUAACGCACCUGCCGUUCAACGCGAUUGCUUUUGCUCGAAUCGUUCUCUUCCUAUGAACAUUAAAUCGACCUCGAACAUCGUUGAAGUACAUCUGACGGUAACGUCUAUGAACGCUCUGGACGACUACAACAACAUCUUCUUCGAGGGUACUUGGGACUUUGUUAAAACGACUCCGUGUUUGCAAAAGCGUCGCGUAAGAGGACCUUCGGGAGUGAUCAAAUACAGAUGGCCGCUCACCGACGAGGACGAGAGAAACUGCGAGAAGCAGCCUUGGCUGAUCGACCCAUCUCCGGGACAAUAUCUCUACGUGAAAACGCACGGUUCGAUAAUGACGAGUACUGGCAAAAGUCAGUGUUCGACGAAGAAUCGCAUCGUUUUCCACACCGGAGGAAAACUUCGUGCUUCGGUAUGUCCGCAACCGAUAGACGAUUCGAGGCAACAAGUCGUGGAAAUUUUCAGCGAUGGCUGGUCCGUCGGUAGAACCAAUUUUAUCCCAGUACCUGGUCGAGAUCCUGUUAGAACUAUCGCCGUAGAGUUCCUAAUAACCGAGCCAGAAUCAUACGGCGUCACGUGGCUCGAACUUACCAGAAGGCCAGCAAUAACGUCAACGGCAGGACUACAAAUGACUCGAGACUGCGAACAACGAUGUCCGGAAUUGGACGCGUGUAUAAACGCUUCCCUGUGGUGCGACGGAGUCUCCCAUUGUCCCUCGGGCUACGACGAGGCUUUGGCGCAUUGUUCCAUGCUCCUACAAUUACCACCGUUGCAUCUGGCCCUUGGAGUUUUAGCCAUUCUGACAAUCUUCGCGGUGAUCUUCCUUGUCAUAUGGCGAAUUUGCCGACAACGAACCAGCCGUUCGAUAUCCCAGCACCGAUUGAAGAGCAUCUCCUCGGAGACGGCGAUAAUCGAUGGAAAAGAAGUGAUCUGCUGACACAGCGACAGUUCUGUGCGAUACGUCGAAGUCGACCGCGUUACCACCGUGUGACGACGAUCGCCAUCGUCCACCUCCUCGAACCUUUCAAAGAGUCUUUUUCCUUCGAAACAGCUCAUCCGCUGGUGUUAUAUAUCCUUUUCGAUAUAAGACGACUCUUGAAAGUGGCUCGGCUCAGCGCAGCGCGGCGUGGCGCAGCGCGGCGUAACGCGCAGAACUCGAUUAAGCAACCGAGCGAAUCGAACCAACUGACUUUGACGACGACGACGUCGACGACGACUAUCUGCUCGCUCGCUCGCUCGCUCGGAUCGUCAUCGAAACUCUUUGACAGAACGGAUCUCGCGUAUUUCUUUUUCCUCCGUGCGCGAAUGCUUCUGUGUUUCGUAAACGUUUAAAUGUCUUCAAAGAGAAACGACGAGAGAAUACCCAACGCGCUCUUGGAACGAGAUUAUCGAUCCACCAAACUACGACGAGUUUGUCAAACUUUAGCAACGUCGUUUCAAAUUCCAAGUUCUACCAACUGGAGAGACAAACGUUAUACGUUUUAACGUUUACGUUACACCGCGGAGAAUAUUAAAUCGCGAAAAAUGACCGAACUGUUUUAACGAGGACAAUAAGUAAUAAAAUCCUAGUAAUAUCCCACCGUUAUGGUAGUAUAGAUUUUCGCGUAUCAGGACGACGCGACGUCUCGUUGAACCUUACGAGCAUCGAUAACACUUUUCGAUAUCGCCAACUAAUUUUCUUUCUCCUUGAUAACGAUAUAUAAGAAAAAGACAAAAAAAAAAAGUGACUACAUCGUUUGUCAAUUCCUUUAAGCGAUCUUGUUCAGAGGUUCAUCGAUACUCCCACCGGUCGAUCCUUGAUACGUAUAUUCAAAGAAGAAGUAAUUCGAAAAUGAUCCGAGACGUCGAGCACUCUAUACGCGUCUAACGUCCAAACGAACAAGAGAAAAGAGACAAAUCUAUUCUGGCCCUUCGUCGACUAUACUCUGUCUAAUAAAAUAAGAAGAAAAUAAUUGCGAACCGGGACGAAUAAGUUGCAUUCGAUUAGCAAUGAAUUUGUAUAGGACUUUCGGUUCGAGGGGCUGGACGAUACGAUGGUUGGUAGAGAAUCGCGUAGUUUGAAAUGAUGUGAUAAAUAUAUACGAUGCUGUUUUCCUCGAAGCUGUGCUUCGAAAUUAUUGUUACGCCCGAUGAUGCGACGUCGAUGGAAAAUAUAAGGUACAUGGAAAUCCUCUCGGAGUAAUAAUCGAAAAGACGACAUCGGCGUCGUUGUCACGGCUUGUACACCUUGUUCAUAAUUGUAAAUAAUUGAUUAUUGACCUAUUUAUAUAACAGUUGAAAAGGCUACUCGUGCACGCGUUUGCCUCCGUUUGCAAAUGAUUUUCUUGAUUUCCCGCUCACAAACGUUUGAUGCGACGAACGAACGAACGAACGAACGAACGGCAACAUGCCGCUUUACUACUAAUCGAUAAGUAUGAAUCUCGAGGCGAACUGAGAGAAAGGCCAAUUCUUCAAAGGCAGGAAAAAAGAAAAGAUGCACCAAAAGAAUAGAAAUUCGAGCGAAUGAUCCGUCAAAUACAUAUAUACUAUAUGUACUAUACGUAUUUUCAGCUAGCCAAAAUCACCGCCAAUGUUUUCGUCAUUAACGACAAAUCAAAGUUGAUUGGCGAAGGGUCGCGUUAGAAAAAAUAAGAGACGCUUAAAAUAAACGACCCUCCACGACACGUUGAAAGAGGACAAUCUUACGACAUUGGUCGGAACAGUAAGUAUCGUUUUCGAUACUUACAAAAGAAAUCGGUACGUUUUUUAAAUCGUUACUUAUGGCUUCUUUUUCUACUUCUUCGUUCGCUAAUCCCAAAGUAACUAACGAAACUUACGCAAAUCUAUUCGUUUUUAUCAAGAACAAUCCAGAGAACAUAAGACUGAUCGUGUUUCGAGGCACUUAACUUCAGCGUCAAUGAACAUUUCUUUUGUCAUCGUGAAAUAUCAACGAAAAUGUGAUCCUUCAACUGCCACGUAUUCGUAUUCGAUACGUAUGUAUGUACAUACGCGCUAAGUUUUUUAGCCAAAAUUCUUUGAUAUUCAAACCGAGAAAACUCGAGGGGGAAAAAAAGGCCGCAAUCGUCGUGGGCUCUGAGAGUGUAAAGAUUCGUCUCGGCAAAAAAAGAAAAAAAAAGAAAAAAAAGGAAAAAAAAAGAAAAGUACAAAAGUAAGUAGAAAGAAAAAGAAAAGUUGAUUUCAAACGGAGAAACGUAUCGUGCGUCGACGAUGUACAUACAUACAACAACCAACAACAUACAUAGCAACGUUUAUAAGUUUUUUUCGAGACGACGAGCGAGCAUAAUUAACUAACGAAGAAACAGGGUCGCUCGAGUACGAUAAUUUGCGUGCACGCGCGUUAUAUCGCCUUUGUUCUUUCUACUAUACUUACAUUAGGAGCUUUCUCGUUAAAGCUCCACAUCGGCCGAAGAAAGCAG